AUGACCGGCUUUGAGAAGUCGCUCGCGGCCCCGAAAUCUAAAUACAUUGAAACCAUCCUGGUGGCAACACAUACCGGCGAAGCGGGCGUCGCAGAAAUCUUCCGAACCCUUCAGCAUCGACUGCGCGAUUCAGCAUGGACAAUUGUCUUCAAGGCUCUUAUCGUCGUCCACCUUAUGAUCCGCGAGGGCCAGCAGGAUGCCGCCCUGACCUUCCUCUCCGACAAUCCGAAGAAGAUCGCGCCGAGUAACUUUUCGGAAGCGCAAUCCCAGGGACACAACAUUCGGCGGUAUGCUGAAUAUCUUAUGGCGCGCGCAAAAGCAUUUGACGCUACCCAGACGGACUACGUCCGAAGCGGACCCGGGCGUUUGAAAAGACUCAGUGUGGAGAAAGGCCUCUUAAGAGAGACGGAGUUUGUUCAGAAGCAGAUUCGCGCAUUGUUGCGAUGCGAUCUCCUGACGGAUGAGCCCGAGAACGAGAUCAGUUUGACUGCGUUUCGGCUCCUGACCCUUGAUCUUUUGGUGUUGUAUUCGGUCAUGAACGAGGGCACAAUCAAUGUUUUGGAGCACUAUUUCGAAAUGUCAAGGCCGGAUAGCGAACGCGCUCUAGCGAUCUAUAAGAUGUUUGCGAAGCAGACGGAAGAAGUCGUGCAGUUCCUGGGCGUCGCAAGACAUUUCCAGUCUGCCACCCGAUUGGAAAUUCCGAAACUCAAGCAUGCCUCCACAGACUUGACACGCCUCCUUGAAGAUGAUCUAAACGACCCAGACUUUGAGAUCCGCCGCCGUGAAUAUCUUGCUGGGAAAGGAAUCAAGCAGAAAGAGCCAUCUUCCGUUGCAGCGCCCGCCGCGAGCGCUCAAGCUCAAGCUCAAGCUCAAGCCAUACCCAAUUCAACCAAACUCCCGGAACAGAAGAAGCCCGCACCCCCGGAUUUGAUCGACUUCUUUGAAUCGAUCGAGCAAAAUCAGCAGCCAAUGGCUCAGCAGACUCCCGCGCAGUACCAACAAGCCGGCUAUCCACAACCGGGUUUCCAGCAACAGCCGCAGCAGGCGUUCUAUUCUCAGCAGACGGGAUUCCAGCAGCAGCAGACCGGGUUCCAACCCCAACAGACAGGUUUCGUGCAGCAGCCCCAAGCGACGGGAUACGGCCAAGCGAACCCAUACGGCGCGGCUUUCCCUCAACAGCAACAGCAGCAAAACACCGGAAACCCAUUCGGACAGCCACCUGCGCAGCUCCAAGCUCAGCCCACCGGUGCUGGAUUUGGAGGUUAUGGUCCACAGCAAUACGGGUAUCAGCCGCAGCUGGCGCCCAUUCCCCAGAAUGGGCCUGCUUCAUUCCUUCAGCAGCAGCAACCCAUGCAACAGCAACAGCAGCAGCCCCCCUCGACACCAACAAAUCCUUUCCGGCAAUCAAUGCUGGUCAAUCAGCCUACCGUACUUGGUGCUGCGCCUGCGGCCGCCCCUCUACAACGACAGAACACCAACCCCUUUGCGAAGCGUCUUUCCAUGGCGCAGUUCAACACCGGGACACCUGAACAGGUUCCUCAGGUGCCGCCACUACCUCAAGCGCAACCACCGGCCCUUCAGCCCCAGCGGACGGGAACUAAUCCAUUCGCUCGGGCAUCUUCCGUGCCGCCUCCACAAAACGCGGUACUCCAGCCGCUUCAACCCAACCCCACGGGGAGUACCAACCCCUUCAGACAGAGCCAGUUUAUUAACCAGCAGAGCGGACAAGGGUGGCAACACAGUGGACAGAAUGGUACUAUGGGCGGCUUAGAACAGCUGGAAACAGUGCCCGUCUUCCCGCGACCGGGCAUGACCUAA